AUGGGUUCGUCUGAUGUGUGGGAAGAUGAUACAGAUUUGUCUGGUUUGUGGCUUGUGGAAACGAAUGAAUCAACAGCAGAGGAUUUCGAUUUGUGGAACCAAGAUGAGCGUUGGGAGUUAAAAAACUGGAAUAUCCCAGAGCCCAUCAUCACAGUGUACAGACAGCAGGAGGACGGGGAGGUUGUGUUUGUGCUGUGCAAGUUCACCUCAGUGCCUGGAAGGACAUACAGAAGACAGUCUUUUAAGCUGUCUGUGGAGAGUGAACUAAACUACACCAUGGAAACAUUCAGAAACCCUUCUUUAGAUUCUUCAGAGAUGCGUGUGUAUAUGAUCACCGUGAGUCCACCUGCUUCCUUCACCUGUGUGCAUGAGGUCGAUUUUUAUGUAGAUGUCAGGAACGUGAGCAGCCAGGCCUACAAUUACAGUGUUUCAGUCUCGGAUCUUCACGGAGGAGGAGUAUCUUUGUUAUACGUCUGCUUUUCUUCCUUCAUUGCUGUUGGUCUCUUCAUCUUGAUUGCAGCAGUGAUUGUGACCAACAUCAGGAGCAAAACUAAAGACACCGACUCCACAGCAGUUACAAACAAUGACUACACAGAAGUGUAA